GAGAAAGGAGGCGUCCGGGAGCUCCAGCUGGCGCCCCGUCCCGGGCAGUGCCUCGACAGCCGACCGCUGGGUCUGGGUGAGAGCAGAUCGUAACGACAGCCGUCAAGGCACUCUCCUUCGGCGAACGAGACCGAGCCUAUCCCGGGCAGCGAGCGGUAUUUCCAAGGCUUUUCUAAAAUGGGCUGGGGGAUGCCCCUCGCCUCCGCCCCUCUCCUCCUCCUCCUCCUUGUCUCCUGCACCCUCGGCAACAAAGCCAACAAGCACAAGCCUUGGAUUGAAGCUGAGUAUCAAGGCAUUGUCAUGGAGAAUGACAAUACGGUCCUCCUGAACCCUCCACUCUUCGCUCUGGACAAGGAUGCACCAUUGCGCUAUGCAGGUGAGAUCUGUGGAUUCCGGAUCCAUGGUGCAGGAGUGCCUUUUGAAGCAGUGAUUCUUGACAAAGCCACAGGCGAGGGGUUGAUCCGGGCAAAAGAGCCGGUGGAUUGUGAAGCUCAUAAAGAACAUACUUUCACCAUCCAAGCCUAUGACUGCGGUGAGGGUCCUGAUGGUGCCAACACCAAGAAGUCCCACAAGGCCACAGUGCAUGUGCGGGUGAACGAUGUCAAUGAGUUUGCUCCAGUCUUUGUGGAUAAGCUUUAUCGCGUGGCCGUGACAGAAGGAAAACUCUAUGAUCGCAUCCUGCGGGUAGAAGCUAUUGAUGGUGACUGCUCCCCUCAGUACAGCCAGAUCUGCUACUAUGAGAUCUUGACUCCUAAUGUCCCCUUCCUGAUUGACAAUGAUGGGAAUAUUGAGAACACAGAGAAACUGCAGUACAGUGGAGAGCGCCUGUAUAAGUUCACAGUGACAGCAUAUGACUGUGGCAAGAAACGAGCCUCUGAUGAUGCUGAGGUUGAAAUUCAGGUGAAGCCCACCUGUAAACCUAGUUGGCAAGGUUGGAAUAAGAGAAUUGAGUACAUCCCUGGAACAGGCAGCCUUGCCCUUUUCCCCAGCAUCCAUCUGGAGACGUGUGAUGAGCCUCUGUGGAACAUCCAAGCUACUGUGGAGUUACAGACAAAUCAUGUAGCCAAAGGUUGUGAUCGAGACAAUUACUCUGAAAAGUCACUCCGUAAACUCUGUGGUGCUGCCCGAGGUGAGGUAGAUCUUCUGCCAGUGCCAGGCCCCAUGGCCAACUGGACAGCACGCCUCUCAGUCCAUUACAGCCAGGACAGCAGCCUCAUCUAUUGGUUCAACGGCAGCCAGGCAACUCAGGUGCCCAUGGGCAGUGGAACUGGAGCUCUUGAAGGACUGAGUGACCAUUUUACCUUGUCCCUGUGGGUGAAACAUGGGGUGGUGCCAAACAAGGGCAAGAAGGAGGAGGAGACGGUCAUCUGCAGCACCAUGAGGAGCGCCGUUGCUGGAGAGUGCAAGACCUGUCAAGUUCCUCUGGAAACUGGAGCAGGUCUGUGAUGACGAGUGGCACCAUUAUGCUCUGAAUCUGGAGUUCCCCACCGUUACACUUUAUGUAGAUGGUGUCUCCUAUGACCCUGCUCUGAUCCAUGACAAUGGUCUCAUCCACCCACCGCGACGUGAAUCUUCCCUCAUGAUUGGAGCAUGUUGGGCUGAGGAGAGAAACAAGGAAAAAAUAAAAGGGAAUGAGAACUCCACUGAUUUGGGACAAGGAGACUCUCUGCCGAUUCAUCACUUCUUCCAUGGUUAUCUGGCUGGCUUCACUAUUCGCCCUGGCAGCCUUGAGAGCCGGGAGGUGAUAGAGUGUCUCUAUGCCUGUCGUGAAGGGCUGGACUACAGCGACUUUGACAGCCUUGGCAAAGGGAUGAAGGUGCAUGUCAACCCCUCUCAGUCCCUUCUUAUUUUGGAGGGGGAUGAUGUGGAAACUUUCAACCGGGCAAUUCAGCAUGUGGCCUAUAUGAAUUCCCUGCGCUUUGCUACUCCUGGAGUCCGGCCUCUCAAACUGACCACCGCUGUCAAGUGCUUUAGUGAAGAAUCGUGUGUCUCUAUACCAGACGUGGAAGGCUACGUGGUUGUGCUUCAGCCAGAUGCUCCACAGAUCUCCCUGCGUGGCAGUUCCCACUUUGCCCGGCCUGCUUCUGACUUUGAAGAUGCGGAGGGAGUUCUCCUUUUCCCCGACCUCCAGAUUUCUUGCUCCAUUUCACACCAGGUGGAGGCCAAGAAAGAUGAGAGCUGGCAUGGCACAGUGGCAGAUACACGAAUGUCAGAUGAGAUUGUUCACAACCUCGAUGGUUGUGAGAUCUCCCUGAUUGGAGAAGAAUUGGAUCCUGAACGAGAAUAUCUGGUCUUGGAUGGAGCCUCCCUCCAGCAGCGAGGUCUGGAACUCAUGAAUACUUCAGCCUAUCUCACUGUCACAGGGGUGGAGAGCAUAGCUGUGUAUGAAGAAAUCCUUCACCAGAUCUCCUAUUGUAUCCACCGUGGAGCAGCCCUUUAUGAAAGAAAGUUUCGUCUUUCUUGCACUGAGAUGAAUGGCCGUUACUCCAGCAAUGAGUUCACUGUUGAGGUGAAUGUCCUCCACAAUAUGAAUCGAGGCGCUCAUCCCAACCACAUUAUGAGUGGCCAGCAGUUCACGCACCGAGGCCACCAUCUGCCUCCAGAGCUUUCUGGGCACAGUCUGGCUAAUGUCCACCGUAAUUCUAUGGUUCCUAGUGCUGCCACUAUAAUCAUUGUGGUGUGUGUGGGGUUCCUGGCACUGAUGGUCAUCCUAGGUGUGCUGCGCAUCCAUUCCUUGCACAGGCGAGGGAGUGAACGGGAGGGUGCCGGGGAGUCUGCGGGAAGCCAGGGGAGUGCCAGGGCCAAGGAGAACGAGAUGUUCUGGGAUGACUCUGCUCUCACCAUUAUUGUCAACCCCAUGGAGUCAUACCAGAGCUGCCAGGAGAGAGUAGCAGAGGCCAAUGAAUCCAAAGCCAGGGAAGCAGCUGAAGAGGAAGACAGCAGCGAUUCUGAAUCACCCGAUAGCCUAGCCAGCAAUGCCAUUGAUGAGCGGCGCAUUGUGGGCAAGCAUGAUGCCUCUCGUCGCUACUAGAGGGAUAUAGUGGAUGGGAUAAAAGCGGACCAUCACCAAAAGGUCAUGCUUAUAUUUAAUAAUUGGGGAUAUGGCCUGUUUCUACACAUUUUCUCUAUUUACAUUUUACUCCCUCCCCUUCCUCCUGUUUUCUCCAUUGUUUGCACAGUGGAGUGGCGAGGACAGUUUUGGUGCAUGAGGCAAAAGACGUAGUUGGCAUCUUCUCCCUCUAAAUUACUAUGGGGGGGGGUCAAUCUUCAAGGAAGUUCCUUAGCUCAUUGAAACAAUUGGGAGCUCUGAAAGAGCAUUACUGUAUAUUUUAUCCUGCGUUAGCCAUUGAUUUUGCUCUGGUUCUGCUCUGCCUCUUGAGGUUAGUGCUUCCCUGGGCCCAAAGUAUAUCCAUUUUGAUCUUCAUUAAAAACAAUCAAACAGCAGGGCUCAGAAGAAGAGCCCUUCUCUCGCCUAAAAUUCCUAAUUCUUCUCAACUUACAAGUUUUUUGCUUGGACUGGUGGGGCAGGGCCCCCUGACUCAAUUCCCAGUUUAGGAUUGCCACCACACUUGAGAAGGAUGAAAUGAAUUGGCAUGCUAUGUAAGCAAAGCAGAGAGAAAUGAGAAAGUAGCAGGGACAACACAAGGGGUACAUCAGAAUUCCCAAAAUACUAUAUAUAUAUAUAAUAUUGUAUAUUUUUUCAAUGUUGUUGUUUGAGAUUCUUGUUUGAUGCAAAGAAACAAAAAAAAAAAACCUGCAGCUUGUGUCGCUUUGUAAAAUUGUCAAUAAUAUUCAAGCAAGUGAAGGAAAUAUGAUAUGGAAAAGGGAAUGGAACACAUUUUAAAAUAAAAAAAGGAUUUUAAAAAUGUAUACUCUGGGUGUUAGAGCCUCUUUCUUCAGAAAUAAAUUUUGUUGUCUUGCAAAUGCUUUUACCUGGUUUUAGUUAAAAUAGGGCAAAGGAAUACAACAAGUCAGCAGAGUUUUGUUCACCGUUGAUCAUGUCAAAGGUCUCCUUUGUCUAAAGUCUGUGAAUUGCAGGAUUUAUUUGGCAAGAAGAACAGUAGAAUGUG